ACCCAUUUCACAUUGCUUUAACCGGGAGCCGGGCGCGGGAGUGUCUGGGGCGAGCACCCGGCCAACCCUAGGGACUUUGUGAGAAAACGAAUUCAAAGCUCGUACUGUCACAAAUGUGACGUAAUAGGGUCGCGGCGAAAGCGACUAGCCUCUAUUGCUAACGUAGCUUUCUUUCCAGUUAACUUAGCAAGUACGAAGGGUUAGCAUCGUAGCAUCACGCUGGCUCCAAAGAAGACGCCGAAAAUGAAUGAUCCGCAUCAUAGCACAAUUGAGAACAUGGUGAAAAGUUUUCGGGUCUCCGACCUGCAGACGCUGCUGGCCUCCAUGGGCCGCAGCAAAAGCGGCUUAAAGCAGGACCUGGUGGGCCGGGCUCUCAGGCUGGUCCAGACGGAAUACAGCCCAGAACUACUUAAAAAUGUACGACAGCUCUACGAGUCGCGCUUUCCCAGAUCGUCUAGCUGGUUGCCGGCACGGCGUCCGGAGGGCCUCCCGGUUUCCUACUCGUCCCUCGGCUCAACCCCGUCUGCUACACCUCAGGGCGUUGAAUACCUCAACGGCAUCUCCAAACCAAUGGCAACCCCCGCACCGGAAGUCAAGCUGGUGCCGCUGCCCUUCUAUCAGACUUUGGAAACUUUGCUGCCACCUACGGAGCUCAUUGCCCAAAAUAAUGAGAAACUCCAAGACAGUCAGUGCAUAUUUGAGUUAUCACCAAGUCAAGCAGACCAAAUCAGAAAUGCAAGUGAACUGCGCCCAGGAAUUAGAUCCAUCCAGGUAGUUCUCAGAAUAUGUUACUCAGACUCCAUCGGGAUUCAGGAGGACCAGUAUCCUCCUAAUAUUGCAGUUAAAGUCAACCAGUCGUACUGUCAUGUCCCGGGUUACUACCCUUCUAACAAGCCUGGCGUGGAGCCUCGUCGACCUUGUCGCCCUGUAAACAUCACUCCUUGGUUGCAUCUCUCCAGCCUCACUAACAGAGUCACCGUCACCUGGGGGAACUUUGGCAAGCGGUACUCCGUGGCAGUGUAUUUAGUCAGGAUGUUCACGGCGUCGGACCUCUUCAACCAGCUCAAACUCUGCUCUGUUGAGACUGCAGAACGUUGUCGUGAGCGCAUUCAAGACAAGCUACGUUUUGACCCAGAGAGUGAGAUCGCCACUACAGGCCUCAGGGUUUCUCUAAUUUGUCCCCUAGUGAAGAUGCGUAUCGGCGUGCCAUGUCGGGUUCUAACCUGCGCGCAUCUACAGUGUUUCGACGCAGUCUUCUUUCUUCAGAUGAACGAAAAGAAACCCACAUGGACAUGUCCCGUAUGUGACAAGCCGGCGCCCUUUGAGCUCCUCACUAUUGACGGGUUGUUGUCUGAUAUCCUUAAAGAGACGAACGAGGAAAUCGAGGAGAUCGAGUACCUGACCGACGGCUCCUGGCGACCAAUCAGUGAGGACAAGGAGAAGGAAAAGGAACGGGAACACAGCAACACGCCGGAGUACUCCAUGGUUGAAAUGUGUGUUCCCGAGACAAAUGGUCAUUCGCCAGCCCACAGCAGUACUAGCCUGUCGGGCAAAUCCGGAGGAAGCUCGGCGCCGACCACUGGUGUUGUCGGCGUAGCGCCCGCCGUGCCUCCAAGCGGCGCGGUGGUGGAUCUGACUCUUGACACGUCCUCUGAGGAGGAAGGGGGUGGGGCCGGUGGCGACAGCGAGGACACUGAGGACAGCGCAGACAGUCCCACCCCCAAGAGAGGGCGAUACAACUACGACAAGGACUUGGUCACCGCGUACUGACCCACGCAGCUACUCGCCAACCUCCUCAUCCCCAUUCCCCCAUUGACUUGACAAAGGGGGGCUGAAAGCACGGACAAUGGAACAGUAAUACACUAGACACAGUAACCCUACGUCAAAAAAAAAAAGUCACAACCAUUUAGCAGCUCAACACACCGAUAAGGAACCUUCAAUGUCGUGUCAGUAGGAUUCCUGUUUGUACUUGACAUAGUCACUGCAAGCCAACCAGUUUUGGCUGACUCGAACAUCCUCCAGCCAAUAUUUGUACUGUACUUUUCCUCAAUGAGAGAAAUUGAACUGAUUUCCAGCCCAGCCCUCUCCAUCCCCACCACCACAACCAUCAACAACAACUGCACACCCUUCUCUUUACAGACUUGUCUUAGCGCCACCGUGUGUCUGAUUUUUGGUUGUUUGCUCUACUCUUCUAAAGGUGGAAAAAAAAAAAGGCGAAAAAAUAGUCUGACAGAUAAUUCCCCUACUCUGUGUAUUGUUUUUAAUUCAAGAUUCGAUCCAGUUUAAUUUUCAUGAAAGUAUAGAACACAACACCUCCCAGCAUGUAUGAUACUUUCCAUUUUCUUAGUUCUUCUUUUGCCCCACCCUUUAUUUUAUUAAAAGGAAAAAAAAAACCUACCUCAGUCAUUACACACUCAGCAGUUUGAUCAACAGAACAGGCAAAUGACAGACUUUCUGAAUCCCAUUUUACACUGGAGAUUCUUUUAUUCUUUAUUUAAUUUAACAUUACUCUAUGCAGUUACUCUUAAAUGGAAUCGGUCUCUUAUCGGACUUACACUUUAAGGUUCCAGAAAAUGGUUGCAGUUUGGCAGCUGUUGCUGUACAGUAUGAAGAAAAAUAUUCUUUUUCCCUUUUAUGUGGAGGUAGUGCUAAAUUAUUUACAAAUGCUGUUAUCUUCAAUCCCAACCACGAACUUAUCUAUUGUAUGCUGUUCGGUUGUUGAGUUGAUUUAUUUCGAAAGACUUCGCUGUUUUGCGGUGGGGUUGAAAUGUCCAAGCCACCGUGUCCGUAAAUACAGGCCAAGACCCGUCUCACUAUACUCCUCCAGUGAAGUUCUGGUUACACAUUUUUAAUUAGGGACCCGUUUGCAUUUUAAAACAAUUGUGCAGUGAGUAAUCAUACACUCGCCACAGCACACAGACCAGGAAAUGGCCGGUAAAUUUCUCAUUAGUUUUCCUUAAUGUAGGAUUUCGGUUAAAUGUUAGGUUAAAUCUGGUCUUCCGACUUGUUUUCGCACCCUUGCUUGUCAUAAACUGUCUCUGGGUUAAUUCACGAUGUAAAUGUGUGUUUUUUUUUUUUUUUUUAUAUGUUCGUAUUAAAACAAUAAAAUUUAAAUAUUUUAUUAAGCCUUGAAUUGCUUCCAAUUGUUUUGACAGGCAAACCAAGUGGGACGAAGCUGGAUACCUGAUCAUGAUUGUCUGAGGACUGUAAAGGGUUUAGGGUUCAAUUCCAGAUGCUUAGCCUGGGGAUAAGAUUGUACAGUUGAACAAUGAUCGAAUUCUAACAGCUGUAUUGAUGU